UUUAAGUGUUCAGUCGACAUGUUUUUAGUACGGAUUACAAACUGCCUUUUAUUUUUUACUUUAACUUACCUCCCAAAUACAGAUGCAGAGAAUAAUUUCAGAACUGCUGAAGGAGAAAUUGUCAGUCUGCCGUGCCACUCACCUCCUAAAGACAGUGUACAAGUUUCUGUAGAGUGGACAAAACAUAAUGAAAGCAGCACAACUAUUUGUAAAUGGAGUAUUAAGAACAAUACUGGAUCUAUCAUUGGAGAAUGCAUUCCUCGUUUCAAAUUCAACACCAAGUCUUUUAUACUAAGUAUAGAAAAUGUUCAGUUCAGUGACUCAGGUACUUACAGCUGUAAAAUAACAAGAGUAAUUCCACCACAAUCAAUAGACGAUACCACAAAUGUGACACUCCAUGUUGCACCUUGUCCAGAUCUGCAGAAACUGAACAGCAGUAAUGACAGCUGUAUCCAUCUGCUCUGCUCUAUGGAGGGUCUGACGUCUGAGCUGGUGAACUUCACCUGGAGCAGAGAGGGUCAUGGGUCACUUCAUCCAUUCACAUCUAAUGCCAUGAACAGUGAGCUGCGUCUGUGUAAACCUGACUGGAGUGAUGGAGACAAAGUCACCUGUUACGCCAACUACUCGAGCACACAAACCCAAAGAAGUAUACAACUCACUUCACAGAAAGAUUCUUACAGAGGUGGGCCUUAA